AUGGAGUUAGUUUCGUGGGUGCCGCCGAUUCGUGACUUCCUAGCCGCCAUUGAAGACGGAGAUCACUGGAGCCAACCCCUAUAUGUCGGGAGCUGCUGUUGUGGACCGCCACUGCUGUUGAGGGUCGCCAUUACGACGCUGCUGCCAGAGAAGCAAGCUGGGGAGGAGCCCUGUCGUUGGUCGAAGUCCACUGCCGCCGAUCCCUCUUCUCCUCUUCUUCUGUUAGACCUCGUUUCCCCCAAAUUCAUAGUCGUACCCCCGUUCCCCUGUUUCCCCAGUCUCCUCUUCCGCCAUAAUCGAAGGACUAUUACCAUUUUUCUGAUAAUUGACGUGCUCUGUGUGCUUCGACGUACUCUGCGAUCCUCUCACUCCUCUUGUAUAUUCCGUCGUGCGCCGCCUGCUCCGACAAUCGAUAGGCUAUGA